AUGGCUCCUGCCGGCCAAGUGACAUCUGGAGGCGCGGCUGCUGCCGCCGCAGCCCUGCCUACCAUUCUCCCGCUCGAGCUCAUCGACAAGUGCAUCGGCUCCAGCAUCUGGGUCAUCAUGAAGUCCGAACGCGAAUUCAGCGGUACCCUGCUCGGAUUCGACGACUACGUCAAUAUGGUGCUCGAGGACGUAACAGAAUACGAGACCGCCCAGGACGGCAAGAAGAAGAAGACCAAGCUAGGCCAGACACUUCUGAACGGAAACAACAUCUGCAUGCUCAUUCCGGGCUCGGAAGGUCCCGAAGACGCAUGA